AUCCAAUAAUGCUCAUCUCUAGCACCUACGGUAAAUCCAAUGUCAAAUUCCUUAAAGUUCACCGAAUUGAUGAAACAAAACACAACAUAAUUGAAGCUAAUGUUGAAGUACUUCUUCGUGGGAGCUUCGAUAUUGCUUAUACCAAAGGAGACAACACGCCCAUCGUCCCUACUGAUACCGUCAAGAAUACUAUUUUAGUAUUGGCUCAGAAAGAGAAUACGUGGCCCAUUGAAAGAUUUGCUGCUACUUUGGUAAAUCAUUUUGUCAACAAGUAUGAACAAGUUGGCGGUGUUGAAGUCAAGAUUGUUGAGAAUAGUUGGAGUAGGAUCGGUGAUCAUCCUCAUUCCUUUCAGCAUGAGGGUCCAGAAACAAGGCGUACUGUAUUGGAUUAUGAGAAAGCACUGGGGAAGUUGCAAUUGGCUAGCUCAAUUAAUGGAUUGACUUUGUUGAAAUCUACUGGGUCAAUGUUUUACGGAUACAAUGUAUGUGAUUUCACCACGUUGAAGCCAACCUAUGAUAGAAUAUUAUCUACUGAUGUUGACGUUAGUUGGAGGUACGAUCCUGAUAUGAUAUCUACACUUGGUUUAAUUGAGAAAUAUGCCGAUUCUGGGUUGUUUGAUGAUGCUUAUACCAAAGCUAGAAACACAACUUUGGAUAUUUUCUGUGAGGAGAAAUCCGCUUCGGUUCAAGCAACCAUGUACAACAUGUCACAAAAGAUUUUACAGUUGGUUAAGGAAGUAGCUGAUGUCAGUUAUGAAUUGCCUAACAAACAUUACAUAUUGUAUGAUUUGAAAUGGAAAGGAAUUGACAAUGAUGUUCUUUUCUAUCCUUCUCCUGAUCCCAAUGGUCUUAUCAAAUGUACUGUUGGUAGGAAUUAGAAAGCUGCAAAAAGUUGCUUGCUCAGCUCAGCGCGAAAUCAAACCAAAAAAAAAAAAUUAUAAAUGAAGUAGUUAGUUAGUUAUAGAUUACACAGCAUGAUUAAUAAAUCGGUUCUAUUGUCAAUUAUAGCCACUGCAGCUGUGACAGCUAGUGUAUUAGAAUUCAUACACUCAUACCAAACCAAAUCAAAACCACAACUAAAAGCAAAGGAAGUAGCUGCUUCUCCAAAGCAACACUCAGAAGAGCUCAUUCGUGAACAACUUGCCAGAAACUAUGCCUUUCUCACUGAGGAAGGAAUGACCAAAGUCAGAUCACAACGGAUUAUUAUUGUCGGAUUAGGUGGUGUUGGAUCAUGGGUCGCCACUAUGCUUGUCCGUCUGGGUGUCAGUCACAUCCGUGUCAUCGAUUUCGAUCAAGUCAGUUUAUCAUCAUUAAAUCGUCAUGCUGUGGCUACCUUGAGCGACGUGGGUAUUUCCAAAGUCGACUGUUUAAAGAAUCACCUUUUGCAAAUCGCACCAUGGGCGGAAAUCGACACUUGUAACCAACUUUGGAAUAUGGACUCCGCUGAAGAAUUGAUCUUUGGAAACGACUUUAACCCAACAUAUGUCAUUGAUUGUAUUGACAAUCGCGACACCAAGCUCGACUUGCUUACUUAUUGUUACCAAAAGGGUAUCAAGGUAGUUUCCUCUGGUGGGGCCGCAUGUAAGUCCGACCCAACCAGAAUCAACGUGGCCGACAUUUCCAAAACUGAGGAAGACCCAUUAGCAAAAAGUAUCCGUGUCAUUCUUAAAAAGCGAGGAAUUGUAGACGGAAUCCCUACUAUAUUUUCCGCAGAAAAGCCAGAUCCUCGUAAAGCCAAAUUAAUUCCAUUGUCCGAGGAUGAAAUCACCAAGGGUAAAGUCGAUGAAUUAUCUGCCCUUCAAGAUUUCCGGGUCAGAAUCUUGCCCGUUUUGGGAACCAUGCCUGGUAUGUUUGGACUUGCUAUUGCUACCCAUGUAUUAACUACUGUUGCAGGAUAUCCUACUGAGCCAGUGGAGGGAAAGAACAGAUAUAAAGUAUAUAAUGAUAUUUUGCUAUCGCUCGCCGGUCAACAAUCGAGAAUCGGUAAGGAAGAUCAAAGAAUUCAAAUUGCCUUAAAUGAUAUCAAUUACAUUGUCGAAGAGGUGUUCAGGGGCAAAUCACCAAUAUCGAACUUCUCAACAAGAUUGGCAUUGAGUAGAUGGAAUAAAGAUGAGGAUAUUUCGUUUCAGAAUGUGGUUGUUAUGACUAAGGAAGAACAAAAAGAGCAUGAAAAGAGAGUAUUGAUUGGUGGUGAGCGUGUUGAAGAUGUUUAUUCUGAAGAAGUGUUGGCAAGAGUUAAGCAAAGAUUUGCCGAUGAAAAGUAUUAUUCGCAAUUCAGAUAGGCCCGAAACAGCGGAUGGUGCUGACACGAAAAUAAGCUUUAACUGUUGUUGCCAGACGCUGUAAAAGUAAGUAUGCUAUAGCUAAGUAUUAAUCCGACUAUUUCAAACAUAUAUAUAGAAUAUAAACUAUUAGAUACGUAACACUCGUACUCCUCCAUCAUUCGCCAUC